GUCGAGCGUGUGCGUAUUCGAGGCUGGCGUCCGGGCAAGGCAGCUGCACAGUCAGCGAGUCAGUAUGUCUCUAACGCUCGUGGGGUGAAGAGGUGUGUGACUUGCCGCUGCUGGCGAGUGUGACGUGUACCGCAUAUCGUUGGAAUAAUACCGUUCCCAGUGUAUCAGCCAUCAGCGCCAGCGAGGGAGUGCCAGCCAAGGGAUGCCAAGUCCCCUAUCGCGGCGUCACUGACUUCCCAGCCAGACAACCGGGCCAGCUGUGCAAGCGAAAUGUGAUACUUGUCCGUGAAAUGUGAAUCUGUUCAGUGGUUCCUUCUGGCCAACAACGUUUCUAGUGUGUGCUGUCCCGCCCGACGCUCGCCGACUCUCAACGUUUGUGGUCUCCUGCCAAACACACCAUGUGCUAAGGCCUGUUUUCCGGAGACUGUGUGUUUGAGUUUUAGAGAGAAUAAAAGGACAUUAUUAAGAAAAAGGAGCAAAAACCGAUAAGGAAAUAGAUAACAGAUAGAUAAAAAGAAAGAAAAUACUGUUAUUUGGUAUUAAGUGUUUCUUACCAUGUAAUCAUCGACGGAGGGUGCGCUGUCAAGAGUCCGUGAGAGAAUCCUAAAGGAGUCCCACACGCAUCAAGUAAUCCCAGGUUCGGUCGCGCCACCCUUCUCGUCUCCAGGAUGGGUGACGGCAGCAGCUCCCGCCCCCUCAAGAUCACCGUGGUGGGUGACGGCACCGUAGGCAAGACCUGCCUCCUCAUCUCCUACACGUCGGGGGAGUUCCCUGUGGAAUAUGUGCCAACAGUGUUCGACAACUAUGCAGGUUCUCACACAGUAGAGGGGCGAUCCUAUGCUAUGACGUUGUGGGACACAGCAGGACAGGAAGAGUACGAGAGAUUGCGUCCGCUGUCUUAUCCCGGGACACAUGUGUUCAUAGUGUGCUUUGCGCUUGACAAUCGUGCCAGUUUUGAGAAUGUAUCAUCGAAGUGGCUACCAGAGUUAAAGCAACAUUGCCCAAAAGCACCAGUGGUCCUUGUUGGUACCAAAAAGGAUGUGAGGAACCUGAAUGUGCUGAGCCCAAGAGAUGGGAAGAAGCUUUGCAAGAAAUGCAGCCUCUCCAAGUAUGUAGAGUGCUCUGCAAAGACACAGGAAGGAGUGCAAGAUGUCUUCACAUAUGCAACAAUGGCUGCUGUAGGUUUAACACCAAGGCAACGACCCUGUGUUAUUAUGUAGUAUCAGCUCUAUAAUUAUUGUUAAAAAACUGCUGCCAACUCAGAGUAGGGCAGGCAAAUAAUGUAUCUGACAUGUUUUUGUAGAUGAUAUUGUUCAGAAAUCGUGAACAUCGCUUGUUAAUUAUAACAAUACUCAAUUCAGGUUUUUCUUUCUGAUACAUUGGAGUUCAGUAUUCACAAAAAAGCAUGAAGAAAAUUAUGUAUAUUUUCAGGUGACAAAAUGUUGAAUAUUUUGUAAAAAAUGGAUGUACAAAAGACAGAUAGAAAAGAAAGUUUAUGGAUUUAUUACCAUUUGUAUAUUUACUUGUUAUUAGCAAAUUUAUAAAACAAUUUGAUAUAAUGGAAAAUAUACUCCUAAUUGUUCACUGCAUUAUGAUUCAGUGUUUAAAGCCUACAAGUUCCAAAGGUUUUUGUUUGUUUGUUAAUUAUUUUUAAUGUUUUGUGAGAAGUUAAUUAUCAAUAGGUUAGUCUGGAGGUAAAUAAGCCUUAUUUAAGUAUGAUAAGAACUUGGUUAAGAAUGUUUACAGUUGUUAUAAAUGGAAAUACAGAAAUACAUAAAUUGCUUUUUUAUUGGUCACAGCAUUUUUUACAAAUGAGUGUUGCUUUUUUAUCAUAAUAAAAUUGUAGAAGGGUUUCACUGGUUCUUCAUAGGUUACUUUCUAUGUUUACUGUCAUAUGGAUUAAAGACUAAUUGCAUUCAUGCUUUGAUAACCUCAGAAGUUACCAAGACUAAUUAUAUGUCUUCUAUAUGAAUUUUCUGUUGUUUAUAUUUAGAUAAUGGAAAAUAAAGAAUUCAAAAGUAUACAUAUGUAUCUUAGAUGUGUGUCAGAGCAACAUCAGUUCAGCAACUUUGGAGAAAUGGCUAGGUAAAGUAAAGGUGGCCAAAUGUUCUUUUAGAACUAAAUUAUUUAUUCAUUUUAGAAACAUAGAAAAUAUAAGUGGUAGUAGUUACUUUUUCUUUUCAUGCCAGAGUAGACAGAAGUAGGACUGGGAAAAUAUGCAGUGCAUAUACAGUUUUUUAGUGGUAGCAAAGGGGACCAAAUGUAUAUGAUAUGAUAAACAAUGUAAAUUUUGUUUUGCAUUUGAAAAGACAAGCUAUAUAUUUAUUAUCUAUUAGAUGUAAGAAAAAUAGUCACAUAAUUGGUAUGUUUCCAAACUUAAUACAAUUAUAAAAAUAAAAAAAAAAACAGAAUUUUGCUUUACUGAGACUAAAGCAUAUGCAUACUUUUAGCUAAUGGCCUUGAUUCAGGUGAUGCCUUUAGAGCAUUAUAAAAUACCCAUUUCAUUAACACUGCACCUGGAGAGUAGAUUAGUGUAGCUUUGGCAUUACUUUUUGAAGAGAUUAGAAUAUAUAUAUUAUAUAUAUAGAAAAAGAAUGUCACUGAUGUAAAUUUUACCAAUUAAUUUAGGUAUUUAGAUGUAACAGGUCAUAUUAUAUCAGUUACCAAGGUCAUGCUAAUGGAAAAAUUCAAAAUUCUUAUGUACGUACUUCCACUGAUGUGAUAAAUAUGUUAUGCAGUCAAAGAAAAAAGUCAGGCUGUUAUUGCUUUCUUGUAAUAGAAAUGCAUUUUUUAACAUACAAACAGGUUAUUGAAAUGCUUUUGUUGGUCUCUUGGAUAAACAAAUACUAUUCAUCAGGACAGUGGAAACACAAUAGUGCCUUAUCACAAUUUAUAUAUUAAUUUACAUUUUAAUUCAGUAGCCUAGUUCUCUUCCAUUUAGUCAGCUCUAAUAUGUAUAAUUGUUAUAUGGGUGCAACUGCUAAAAUUUGGUUCAGUAAUUAAUAAAAAGUUGUUCAUAAAUGUGGCUCUCUCCUAUCAGUUCAAAUAAUUAGAGUUAACAGAUAGUAUUUUGAUUAACAAGAAGUAUACUGAUAAAGUAUGCAUGAUAAGAUUAUGUGAGUUUGCUUCUCAGAAAUGCAAACAGCAGUGUGUUUAUUUACAGAUGAAAUACUUAGUAACUGAAAUAUGUUAAUAGUUAAUUAUUUAUCUAUUAUCCAUUUCAUCAAUUUUGAAUUAGAAAAUAAAUACAUAGAUAAAUAGUGAAUGGAAAAAACAAAUAAAUUAAUCAAGAAAUAUAUAAAUAACCAUACCCGCAGGCACACCUAUUUAUACAUUAUAUGAUGGAAAAGCUAAAUUAAAAAGUAAUGGGAAGACAAGAUGAUAGUUUUAAAUUAAAACUAAAUAUCUUUGUCAGGUUUAGAAGAAUACUUCCUCCUCCUCCUCAAAUAACAAUGUAAAAUCAAAUCUGAUAUGGCAUUGUCAUUUGAACUUUGAAAUAAAACUGUUUGAUUAUACUUUCAUUAUUGUUUCUAUGUUGGGGUUACUGUAUGUGUCUGUAUGAGGAUUUAUCAAGUCCUUUAAACUUAUAUAAGUAUUUUGUUCAAUCAUCAUUGUUCUGUGAGGUGUGUACCAUUGCAAAGCUAACUUGUUAUGUAUUAAAGAUUGGGUCCUUGUUUUCUGGUUAAUACAUCAAAAAUAUGGUUUCAUUUCUUCAGUCAUAGUAGAGCACUUAGUCAUUAACAAAUGUUUAAAAGAUAAUCUUUGAAAUGUUAUUUUGUACUCUAACCUAAAGUCAUGAUUUAAUAGUGGAGUUCAUUGUGCACAGAAAUAAAUUUCUGUUAACAAAGACCAAAUUAUAAUCUCAUAGUAGUUAUACAGGAGGAUUGUUAUGCAUCCUUAAAGAAAUAGAAGCUACAGUGGAUCCGACAGACUUUUGGAUAUUUUUAUUGUGACAUAGGAGUACAUUUUUAAGAAGUAUUUUAUUUUUUCAUCCAUUAUUUUUGUCAUCCUGUUAUCAACAUGAAAAAAUGUUAGGCUGUAUAUUGAAAUGGAAGAAUAUAUGGAAUCCAGUCUUUGAAACUGUCAAACCCUUGUAAAUCAGGAAAUCAUGUGAUAUAUAUUCAUGAGAUAAGAUUUUUCAUGUGAAUAUACAAAAUAGACGGGAUACAUUAGAAGAAGAAGAAAAAAAUUACCCCCACAAAGCCUGUAUUGUUUCAUGGAUGUUCAUCACAAAUGUAAUUACUUAAAUUUUCAAGUGCUGCUAAUAGCACAAGACUUUGAGAAUUGUUUAUAGUGCACUUAUUUGAAGUUUUGUAUUUCUAUAUAUACUUAAUACUUCAUAUUACCAUUCUUUUAAUUUUUUAGUCUAUUUUGUUUUGUUGGUUUUGCUGCCGAGACACUUCUGCUUCAUUUUUGGGAAGAGUUAUUUCUUUAGAUCUUUAAUUUCAGUUCCAGAGCCAUAUUUGGAAAUAAAAAACUUAAAACUUAUCUUUUGUUUUGAGAGAAUUUGAUGUCAAAGUAUUAUAGACAUUUAUGUGCGUGUGUAUAUUUCAUAUACAUAUAAGUGUACACACAUUUGUAUACUAUUUCAAGUUGAAUAGUCUUUGACUGUGGCCACUGUGCUUCUGUAAAUAAACAUGUUGAAUUUUUUUGCUUUCAGAAAAA